AUGGAGGAACACUUGCUCGGUAUCCCAACUGGAGACAGUCACAAUGAUCAAUCAUUAUACUCGUUUCUUGCGAGAGGUAUCUCCCACAUUCACCUCAAUCCCAGAUCCGAACGACCAGUGAGCGAUUACAUGUACCUUCGAUCAGUCGUCUCGACAUUGACUAAACCUCAUGACUUAUCUCAAUUCACCUUGCUGCAUCAGUACCUGGAAACAUCUCAACGGAACACGCCGUAUCACUACCUUUCUUCUUAUCAAGAUAUCUACGACAACCUGCGCGACUAUCUCGCCAAACUCCUCAAAGAAGUUACCCAAAAAAUCCUGUCAAACGAUAGGAAUCAUUUGAUGGAUGUGUAUCUUGACGCGUGGGAGCUCUACAAUGAAGCUGCUGUACGUGUCGACCAUAUACUAAACCAAGCCAACGCUACGUGGAUAGAAAGCCACAUCUCCGGAGGGAUUCGAGAGCUUUUCUACAUCCACACUCUCCACUGUGUGAAAUGGCACCGUUCACUUCAACGAUCAAGGCUCAUCACAAAAGAGUCAACUUCUUCAUUCAUGAGAGGAACAGACUUAGAAUCUUCAAUCGGGAGAGACCGAUAUAGAGGGUAG